GCCAAGGCAUCGCCGUCUCCCCAGCAGCGGCGCUGCCCCUUCUGCUCUCCCCUUGCAGCCACAGGUCUCAGCAGCAGCAGCAGCAGCAGCAGCAGCAGCAGCAUGGACAUUACCAUCCAGCACCCCUGGUUCAAGCGUGCUCUGGGACCCCUCAUUCCAAGCCGUUUGUUUGACCAGUUUUUUGGAGAGGGUCUCCUCGAGUAUGACCUCCUGCCUCUGUUCUCGUCCACUAUCAGCCCCUACUACAGGCAGUCCCUCUUCCGCAGCGUGCUGGAGUCGGGCAUUUCAGAGGUGAGGUCUGAUCGGGACAAGUUCACAAUCAUGCUGGAUGUAAAACACUUCUCUCCCGAAGACUUGAGCGUGAAGAUUAUUGACGACUUUGUGGAAAUCCAUGGCAAGCACAGUGAAAGGCAGGACGACCAUGGCUACAUCUCCCGGGAAUUCCACCGCCGGUACCGCCUGCCUGCCAACGUGGACCAGGCUGCCAUCACCUGCUCGCUGUCCAACGAUGGCAUGCUGACCUUCUCGGGCCCCAAGGUCCCCUCCAACAUGGACGCCAGCCACAGCGAGAGGCCCAUCCCCGUGUCCCGGGAGGAGAAGCCCAGCUCGGCGCCCUCCUCCUGAGCCCGGCGGCGCUGGGCCGGCUGCCACCACCUGCAGGUCCCGCUCCCAGAGCCUUGGCAUAGAUAUCAGUGAAUGUCUAGAGGGGUUUCUUCUCUUGGUUCCUCCCCCACUUUGUUUCCUUCUUUUUUUUGUUUUCUUCUUUUUUGUUUUCCCCCUCUUCCCUCAGAUGGAACGGGGGGCUGGGUGAGCGGCUGGUGGACUUGGAAGCUUAAACCUGGUGGGGAUGGCAUGGAUGGCAGUGCUGCCAUGCUGCUGUACUUGCUGAAAGGGUCUUUGUCUGGUGCUGUAUCCCAUUUCCACCAUCAGGCAGGAAGGAGUGCACGAGUAACACUGUCUGCUGGUGCACCAAGCCUUGAGGCAAGGCUUGGGACAGGGGAAAAGCCCUGCAGAAUUGCUGUACCCCACAACUGGUUACUCUCAAACAGCAACAGAGCCAAGCCCGACACUCAAGGCCCCGAACCUGCCAUGAGUUCCUUGCAACUGCAGGAGAAAUAAUAACAACAAUAAUAAUAAUUACCAAUAACAUCUCACCUUCGGGGGGUUGCAAUGUGUAUUUUUUUUUUCUUUCAGCAAAGUGUUUAAGUGUCUCUGUUCACACCUCUGCCCUGUCAUUUCCCUCUGGGACAACUGACAGGAGGACAAGCACGUCUUUCCACCGUC